AUAAUUAUAUUAUACUUGGUGAAUUUGAUUAAUGGUGAAUCAUUAGCAUCUUAAAAAACAAAUGAGUUAAGAGAAAUGUAAUUACGAGAUGGAAUUAUUGAAUUGAAUUCAACUGGAUAUUUGUAUAUAUUACAUAUCUAUAUUAAAGUUACUAUACAAUGGAAUUUCCACGUCCAUAUGAUAUAGUUAUUUACUUUGUGGCUCCUAGUUGUAAAUUGUGCAAUGAUUUAAAUGAAUAAUAUUAAAAGGUAGCCAAAUUCUAUGGAGAUUCAGGUGCAUUAUAUAAGAGUGAAUAAAAGAGAGCUGUAUUUUUCGCCACAAUGACCUUUAAUGAUAAAAAUAAAUAAGUGUUUGAAUAACUUGGAUUUGUAUCAGCUCCUAAUUUAUUUGUGUCGUAACCACACAUUGUAUUUGUACCUCAAGAUGAAAGAGAUAGAUAUUUGAGAGAUAUGAAAUGGUCAAUUUCUUAUACGGAUGGUACAGUUACAGCACAUAAAUUCCUUGAAUUUAUAAAUAAAAGGACUGGGAGAUAGAUUGAUUAUAAAGCAUCAACAUCAGAAGCUCUAACUGUAAUAGGUGUACUUUUAGGUGCAUUUACAUUAGGCGCUAUUCUAUUUAUAAUUGGCAGACCAUUGUUUUUAAAUCCAAAGUUAUGGUUUAUAGGAUCAGUAAUCAUUUUUAUAACAUGUUUGGCUGGUGUUGUAUAUAAUAUUAUUCAUAAUGUUCCAUUCUUUACUUAAAACAACAGAGGUGGUUUAUAAUGGAAAACUAAUAAUGGAAGAUAAUAACUUGGUUUCGAAGGAUUAUUUCUUAGUCUAGGAAUGACAUUCACUGGUUUAACUAUGGUCUUAAUUAUGAGACUCAAUGUUUUAAUAAAGCAUUAAAAAAUAGAUCCGUAUUAUUUUAUUAUUAUUUAUUUAUCUAGAUUUGUUCAAAGGAUUAUCUAUCUUACAUUAUUCUUAUGUAUCUUUUUAACCAUUCAAUUUGUUGAAGAUAAUUACAGAUAAAAAUCACAUUAUAAUCCUAUCUAUUGGCCACCUAAACAUUAUAUUAAAGGACCAUUAAAUAAAGAUUAAGGUAAUUCAUUUUGAGUUUAUAAUCAAUCAUCAUAUUUU